CUGCUAGACUCACUUGCAGUCACAGAGUCGCCAACAAAUAUUUUCGGGAAUGCUACCUCCGAAAGCAUGGAUUUAACACAGCAAAGUAGCCAUAGGCCUGGCGUAAUUCAGUUUAAGCAAUUUUUAAAGUGAUUAACUUUGGUGCGGAGCAAGAGGAAUUGUAAUGCAAUCGACUACUGGAAAAUGCCAUGUAAUCGAGAUGUGAUUUGAUAGCUGCUAGUGUGGGAAUUCUGAACAAGUGAUGACCGAAUGAGAUAAUGAGAUACUCAUUCUUAAAGCUGGGAAAUACGUAGAUACGAAAAAAAGUAAAAUAAAAACAAAUCAUCGCAGGGUGAUCUCCACUGAAAGUCAAUAUUGUUUUCAUAACGUUGAGCCGAGUCAUCGCGAGAGACUAGAAGUACUGCAGUACUGUUCAUUACUGUAUUCUUAUCGGGACGUUGUUGUUUAGCUUCUCUGAAGAUAAGCUGUUGGGCAGUAGCGGUAUAAUAUUGACUGCAUCAGGAAGAAAAACACCAAUAGGAGACGUACCGUAGCAGAAAACUCGCUUCAGAUGCUAGUAUUAACGAUUUAAUUACUACGAAUAACACUUUUGUGUCUAGAAGCAAUAAAAUUAGAAAAUGCCAGUACGAGGUAGAUUUGGCCCCUUGGUUGGGGCAAUAGACGAAGGAACAAGCAGCGCCCGUUUUCUGGUAUUUUCUGCGCGGACUGCAGAAGUUCUAACAUAUCACCAGAUCCAUAUAGCACAAGACUGCCCUCGUGAGGGAUGGGUUGAACAGGAUCCAGUAGCAAUUUUAUCUGCAGUGAAGGAAUGUAUAAAUGAGACUGUAGAGAAUCUGAAGAAGCUGGACAUUGAUCCUGCUGACAUUGUGGCCAUUGGAAUAACAAAUCAGAGGGAGACAACCAUAGUAUGGGACCCAAAAACUGGAAAGCCUUUGUACAAUGCAAUAGUCUGGCUUGAUGUAAGAAAUACAGAGACAGUUGAUGACUUAUUAAAAAAUGUACGUGACAGGAAUCAAGACUACUUCAAACCUUUAUGUGGGCUUCCAGUAAGCACUUAUUUCAGUGCUCUGAAACUGAAAUGGAUGAUGGACAAUGUUCCUGAAGUACGAGAGGCAGUUAAGAAUAAGUCAUGUUUAUUUGGCACUGUGGACACUUGGCUCAUAUGGAAUCUUACAGGAGGGCCUAACGGUGGUCUUCACAUAACUGAUGUUACCAAUGCCUCAAGGACAAUGUUAAUGAAUAUUCGCACACUGCAGUGGGACAACACUCUUUGCAAAUUUUUUGGUAUACCAAAAGAAAUCUUGCCUGAAAUCAGAAGUUCAUCAGAAAUUUAUGGAUACGUUGCUGCUUCUCCUUUGGAAGGAGUGCCUAUUUCAGGGUGUCUCGGUGACCAGCAGUCUGCUCUUGUUGGUCAAAUGUGUUUACAUCAAGGUCAAGCCAAGAACACUUAUGGAACUGGAUGCUUCUUACUGUAUAAUACAGGAACAGCUGUAGUGCACUCAAGUCAUGGCCUUUUGACAACUGUAGCCUAUCGCAUGGGAAAAAAUACUCCUCCAGUUUAUGCCCUGGAAGGUGCCAUUGCCAUUGCAGGUGUUGCAUUUAGUUGGCUGAAAGAUAACAUUGGUAUUUUGAAAGAUAUUGCUGAGUCCGAGAAUAUGAUUAAAGAAAUGACAGCUCAUCGUGAAGUUUAUUUUGUUCCAGCAUUCUCUGGACUUUAUGCUCCAUAUUGGCGAAAGGAUGCUCGCAGUGUUAUAUGCGGCCUGUCAGAAGAAACAACUAAAGCAGAUAUUGUGAAGGCUGCUAUGGAAGCAGUAUGCUUUCAGACACGAGACAUCUUAAAUGCUAUGAAUAAAGAUUGUGGAAUUCCACUAACAAGACUUCUUGUGGAUGGUGGUUUAACUGUAAAUGAUACAAUUAUGCAGCUGCAGGCAGAUUUGUGUGGAAUCCCAGUUGUCAGACCACUGAUGACUGAGGCAACUGCUUUAGGAGCUGCUAUAGCUGCUGGAAGUGCAGAAGGGAUAGAAGUAUGGGAUUUGCAUGAGGUUCAGUCUGUUCCCAGUGAUGUGUUCAAGCCAUCAAUAUCAGAGGACGAGCGUGAUAUGAGGUACUCGAGAUGGAAGAUGGCUAUAGAGAGAAGUCUAAACUGGGAACCAGAGGCUGUUGAAAAGGAAAUAGAUAAGGAACACUGCAUUCGGUCGUCGAUACCAGUUGGCCUGUUUGUUGUUUCUGCAUUUUGUCUCUUGCUAAUUGCCAGACAAUUAAAAAAAUGAAUAGAAUUGAAAAUUUUAGAUCAAAAUUUAUAAAUAAUGCAGAACAGUAUUCAAGUAUCUGUACAAUGAAAGGAUGUCGUGGAUGACAUUUUGUGGUUUCAUUAAUGUGGCCUUCUCGUUCUGGCCGGCUCACAUACUUGUUGACUUCUUGUGCUCCAAAAGUUAUAGCACAGGGCUGUUGUACUUACUGAAGAAUAUAAUAUUUUUGUAAUAUAUAAUUUGAAGAAGAAAUGUUAAAAGACUUGUAAUUGCUGUUUAUUUGUCAGGUUAAUGAGAUUGAUGUCUGCCAAAUAUCGACAAUAUCAGGUGAAUCACACUUGUAUUAGAAAUGAAACUGAUAUAUUUGAAGAGUAUUGUAAUGUUUUUAAUGGUGAUUGUGGUGGAGUACUUUGUGGUGGACUGUAAUUGUAGUUCUUUUUAAUUGUUGGUUGUUGGGCACAUGCUUAUUGUUCCUUCAAACAUAAGUGGAGUUAUUAUUUUCAGUAAUAUUACUCAUGUACUUAUACGGCUGGUUGUGAUUAAGUGUGACAUAUUGAAGGAGAAUUGCCAUAUUGAUUUUUGGUAUCUAUCAUAUAGUACAAAUUAUGAAUAUUUUCCUCUUGCAAGUGUUUGUAGGAAAAGCCAUUUUCCUUUUUUAAAUAUGUACUUGUUUCAAAGAUUUUGUGUGUGUUUCUGUGGCUGACUAUGCUGCAGACGUGUGUGUGUGUGUGUGUGUGUGUGUGUGUGUGUUUUGGUGAGAAUGUAUGCCAUUAGUAAAAUAAUAAUAUUCUUGAUCAGUAUUAAAAAACGGUGUUAUCGAUAUUCAUUUUAUUCCCUCCUAACUAGAAAAGUAAAUAUCAAGAUUUGACUCUAAAUCAAGUGACAGAGGGAGCAAAACAUACUCGCUGACACAAGCACAAGUCAAUGCAAAUGCUUUUACUACUUUCUUUUUUCUAGAAGGCUAAAAUUGAUUAGAUGAUGUAUACAUUGGUGUAGCUAUCAAACAACUUCUUUCAUGUGAACAUUAGAGAAAAAGCAUUGUUUUCACUGUGGAACUUAUGUGGAGGCAUUUUAAAACUGAGAUUAGCUCUCUGAUUAUCAUUAUACUUUUGCCACUGAUUGCUUCAUCUGUCACAUGUAUACAUCUGUUCACGGUGAUACAAAAGCACAUGACAAUUUAGUUUACUUGUUUAUUAUAAAACUAAUGAAUUAUUGAAAUAGUGAGAAUGCAGUGCUUUUUAAUUGAAAGGUGCUCAUAAUCCUCAUUUAUUAAAGAGAUGUUCCUGCUGUUUUAAUGCAAUACAUCUUAGAAUUUCAUUUUACUUUUAUUAGGUUCACCAAACAGUUUGUUUACAAAUAAACAAAGUGGGAUGCAAUAAACCAAAGUAAAGAUUUUGCAAGCAUUUUGUGACAUACUGAGCAAAUUGUUUCAUCCUUUUGACUGUAACCAUGGAUUAUUCUCUCACACUAGAUACAAUUGAUAUGAUAAAAGUAUUACAUGUAAGUUUCACUGCACUUCAACAUUCAAGAGAGAAAAUUUUCACCAUUUAUGUUCCCUUAUGUGAAGCAUAUUGUGACAUCAUUUAUUAAAAUCUGCUUUUUUUUAAGUAUUGAUAGUUUAUAAUAUUAAAUUUAGAGUGCUUUAGAGCUGUCUUUUCACUAACCUUCACUUGAUCAUUGAAUAGCAUGUCACAAAGCAAUUUUAUACACUGCAUUAGUAUAUAAGCAGUUGUUGGCAGAACAGACUUUUGACGUUUUUAAAUUCUAGAUGCUAAUUUAUGAAGUACCAUGUUUUUUCAUUGGGUACAUUGCACCUUCAUAGUCUGUACUGAAAUUUUCAAUUUGUCUACAAUGUAU